UCUGAAUUCUCAUGCUCCCCAUCUGCAGAAAAUAUACUCUUACACCCCCACCAAACUGACCAAAAAGCUUUAUCUUUUUCAAACCCCAUUAUUCCCUACUCCUACUCUUAUGUAUUUUAAUAUUCCAAUAUAUUAGAAAAUUCCACCCUUUUGUUUCUUCCCAUCUGUAUAUUUAUACAUAUAUAUAUAUAUAUAACACUGUACCAAUUAAUACUACUACUAGUACUACUCAUCUUCAUAGCAGCUCAAGUUUUCAUGAUAUAGAGAAUUGAAGAGGGUGGUUAUCAUAUAGUGGCAGCAGUACCAGAUUGUACAGGAGCCUAUACAUACAUAUAUAAUCAUAUUGGAUUCUAUUAUUAGCAUUUAAGAGACUGAACAACCUUCCAUUGGCUCCUUCUGCAUUUGGGUGACCUACUGGAUCUGGGAUAUUUGGUAUGCCCCUUCCCUCUCCUAUUAAAUUAUUCAUCUUUCAUCUUUUCUAUGCUCUGCUUGCUAAACCAUAAAUAUGUUACAUGUCUAUACAUAUAUAUUGUUAAUGGUUUUGGAUGAUAGGAAUGGAUAUUGGAUUUGGGUGGGAUAGUGCAGAAGUUGUCACCAACACAUCAUCAUCCUUAUGGAGCGGUAACCCUGGUGAAAUGGAAGAAAGUUUACUCAUGUCCAACUCCAACUCCUGCAUCUAUGGUGCCAAGAUGGAUCUCACAGACCAUGUCUUGACAAAUUCUGUUUCUCAUGAUCAUCAUCAAACAGCAAGUCAUGAACAAUCACAUGUUGUCUCAAACAUGAACUUAUUGCAGUGUCAUUAUGAAGCCUCCUCAAACUUGGCACAAAAUAUCAUGCAAGCUGCAAAAUCAUCAAGCUGGGGAGAUGGGUUAACAUCAGAAUUAUGUCCCGCUGCUUCCCUGGAGUCACUGGAUUGCUUGAUAUCAGCAACUAACAGCAACACAGACGCAUCAGUUGAAGAUGAUGGGAUUUCCAUGAUUUUCUCCGAUUGCAGAAACUUAUGGAACUUCCCCACUGCAGCCUCAUCUGGAGAAUCUGGGAAUAACCCUGGAAAAUACGAAGAAAACAAAUGUGGUCUGAACGAUCAGGUCAAUGAAACAGCUUUUCAAACUUCAUCAGACCAUCAAGUUAAUCAUAUGAAAAAGAGAAGAAGCAAGGUAAAAGCAGAUGGUGAUCUUCAAAAUUAUGGGCAUUUGAAUCUUGUCCAAACUGAUUCUUGUACAACAGAAGGUGGUGGAUUCAUGCUAAUCUCUGAGAAUCCACAGAAAUGUAAAAAACCCAGAUCAGAUAAGCAGUCAUCAAACAUCAGUUUUCAGUUACAGCCAAGCUCAUCGUCGGUAUCGUCGUGCAUGGAAGAGGCUGAUGCUGAGGCGAUUGCUCAGAUGAAAGAGAUGAUUUACAGAGCAGCUGCCUUCAGGCCAGUGAAUCUUGGGUUGGAGAUGGUGGAGAAGCCAAGGAGGAAGAAUGUGAGGAUAUCAACUGACCCGCAAACUGUAGCUGCCAGACAAAGGAGGGAGAGGAUAAGUGAGAGAAUUAGGGUUUUGCAGAGGCUGGUUCCUGGUGGGAUCAAGAUGGACACAGCAUCAAUGCUUGAUGAAGCUGCAAAUUAUCUCAAGUUCCUUAGAUCACAAGUCAAAGCACUAGAAAACCUGAGCCACAGACCUGACUCUGCAACACCAUUAACAACUACUCUUGCUUUCGCCUCUAAUUCAUCAUCUCUAGUUUUCCCAUUAACUGCUCACUCAUUUCCCGUGCAAUCAAAUUUACAAAACCUUAAUUAUCAUAUCCAGCACUACCCCACACAAAUUUGAAAAUAAAUUCUAAUCCAGAAACACCCUUUUCUUUGU